AUGGACUUCAUACCCCGGUAUCGCGAGUACCAGGCCAGUCGCGAUCAGACCGAGAAGCUGGUCAAGGACCUGAUGAUCUUUGGCGAACGCAUCGAAAGCACCUACCGACAGGAGAACCAGACUCUCAUCCAGCGCCUGCAAAAUACCCAGUUCGACUACGAAGACUCGGUCAACUCGCGAAGAGAGCUGCAGGCUCGGAUUAAGGACCUCGAGAGCCAGCUGAGCUUCUUGACCCAGGACAAUACCAUCCUGCAGCACCGCAACCCCUACGUGCUGGUGCUCAUCGAUGGCGACGGUUUGAUAUUCAAAGACCACCUCAUCAAACAAGGCCUCGAAGGCGGAAAGAAAGCUGCAUAUGCCCUGCGCCAGGCUGUGCUCGCACAAUGCACCAACGCCCACGACACCGAGGUGGUGGCCAAGAUUGUCGCCAACCUCGGCGGCCUGGCCAAGGCCAUGAGGCGCGACGCCUGCGUCGACUCGGAAAUCGACCUCAAGGAAUUCAUGCUGGGAUUCACACAAGCCAAGGCCUCUUUCGAUUUCAUCGACGUGGGCUACGGCAAGGAGAGAGCAGACUCCAAGAUCAGGGAGACGGCCUCGUUCAACCUGCGCAACUACAACUGCAAACAGAUCCUCCUGGGUGUCUCGCACGACGCCGGUUACGCCCCGUACCUGGACGAGAUCCUGCGCGACGAAAGUGCUCGCCAACGCGUGACGGUCCUGGAAGGCGUCCCCACCGUCAAGGAAAUCGAGGCCACCGGGGUCAGCAUCAUCGGCUUCGACGAAAUUUUCCGCGCCGAGAAGCUCCUCGAUAGAAUCACCACCACCACCAUAGCCACGCCGUCCAUGUCAACGGCUAGCACCCCUUCGAUUUCGGCCGCGCCCAUCUCAUACGCCACCAUAACGCAAAAAGCGAGCCCGCCUCCGCAGCUGACUCUCCCUCUGGCGCCCAAGGCCCCCGCGGCCGCCAAGGCGACGAGUACAGCCAUCCGAACCACAGGAAAGCCGGCCCUGCCUGCCUGGAAUCCGGGUGCCCGCGGCCUGGAUCCCCCGAUCCCGCUCAGCCAAAACGUUCUGGAUCAGGUCAAGAAGCGAAAGGACAGUGACAAGCUGUGCAACAACCAUUAUCUGCGCGGGCCCUGCUCCAAGGGCGACUCGUGCUGCUUUGAACACGACUAUAGACCGAACCAGGAGGAAAUCAGAGCCAUCCAGUUCCUGGCGCGCUUAAAUCCUUGCACCAACGGCCAGGACUGCGAUGUGGAUAACUGCAUAUAUGGACAUCACUGUCCCAGUGUGCUAAAUGGCGUUUGUACACAUCCAUAUUGUAAAUUUCACUCGCACGAACAUCCCCCCGGCACCAAGCUGAAGGGUGGCAAGAAGGCUCCCGAGUGA